AUGCCAAAGUCAAACCCACCUGCUGCUGCAGAGCACGUUCACUUUAAUCAAAUGGCUAUAGAAAUCAGCGGAGAAGAUUCAACAUCAACAUCUGUUGGCAUCAUUGAGGAGGACCGACAGGUCAACCCACCUGAUUGUGAAGACUUGCCCCCGGCUGUGAACAAUGUCAUAUCUUCUGUUGCUGUAAAGAAGGGUCGUGGAAGGCCCAAGAAGGCAGUACCAUCAUCAGAAAACAACAACGCGAGCAGUAAUGGUCAUGAUGUAGAAGGUAGCCCAAAGAGAGCCCCACGAAAGGCUGUUAAGGCUGAAGAGGAUGACGAUGAAGUCGAUCAGGAAGAAGUCAAGUCACCCAAACGACCUAAACGUGGCAAAGCUGCUGAUAGUGAUGAGGAGGUGCAGGAGGCCGUGCCAGACACUAAGCGUGUACGACAUGCUCGGGCUGCUAAAUCAUCUGCGUCUAAAAACCUCUUUGAUGAUCUAGUAGAAGACGACGAAGAUGACGAUGAACCAAAGUCACCCAAACGAACGCCAACCAAACGAGCGCGAAGUAAAAAAACCGAAGACGAUGUUAAAAUGCAAGAUGUAGUAGAACUGGAUGAUAGUGAAGAAGAUGAGGAUGAUGAACAUGAUCAUGAUCACGAUGAAGAUAGCGGUACUAAAAAGAAGACUAGUAAACGAAAGCCUGCUGCUUCAUCAACAUCUACAGCAAAGAAGGCCAAUCGCGUCUUUUCUCUCAAGAAGGGUAAAGACGCUGUAGUCGAUUCUGGUGCUGCCAUGGCAAAGUAUUGGGAACGAGCCAAAAAGACUGGAAAAUAUGUUGGUGCUCAUGUGUCGAUGGCUGGUGGUAUUGAGAAUGCUAUUGCCAAUUCCGUUCAUAUUGGUGGAACCGCCGUCGCCUUGUUUCUCAAGAAUCAGCGCAAAUGGGAAUCUCCACCAUUGAAGAAUGUCAAAGAAUUCAAAGAAGCUUGUGUUAAGGCCGGUUAUGACCCAAAAGAACAUAUCUUGCCACAUGGUAUCUACUUGAUGAAUAUGUGUAGUCCAGUCGAAGAGAUGCGUGAAAAGUCAUACAAGUGCUUUGUCGAAGACUUGAAGAGAUGUGAAGAGUUGGGUAUAGCGAGAUACAACUUCCAUCCUGGCAGCUCUACAGGCAAAUGUACUGAACAAGAGAGCAUUGCACAUUUGGUCGGAUGUCUCAAUCGUGCCUUGAAGGAAACGAAGGGUGUCACUCUUGUUAUUGAGAACAUGGCUGGAGCAGGUGCUGUACUUGGGAGAACUUUUGAGCAACUCAAGGCUAUGAUUGAUGGAGUCACUGACAAGUCACGAAUUGGAGUAUGUCUAGACACUUGUCAUUUGUGGGCUGCCGGAUUUGAUAUCUCCAGUUCUGCCGGCUAUGAGAAGACCAUGAAGGCCUUUGAAACAACCGUUGGGUUCAAGUAUCUCAAAGGUAUUCAUAUCAAUGACUGCCAAGAUAUCUUGGGCAACAAGACAGAUCGACACGACAACAUUGGAUCAGGCAAGAUGGGAAUACAAUCAUUCCGUUGUCUGAUGAAUGAUGAUCGACUGAACAACAUCCCGAUGGUGCUCGAAACGCCUCCGAACGAAGGAGACGAUUCGGGGGAAGUCUGGAAGGAUGAAAUCGAGUUGUUGUACUCGUUAAUUGAAGACAGGAUUUGA